AUGACUACAACUACGAACGGGCACAUGGACGGAGGUGACCUCAAGACAAAGUUUACACUUAAAGAUGCGGUAGUGGAAAAUCUUAGACCGUUGAGGGUAGUUGUCAUUGGCGCUGGGUAUAGUGGUAUCGGGGCAGCGAUUAGAAUACCAGAGAAGCUACGAAAUGUCGAGCUAGUGGUCUAUGAGAAAUACGAAGGCGUCGGAGGGACAUGGUGGGUGAACACAUAUCCAGGCGUCGCCUGCGACAUCCCCUCUCAUUCAUACCAAUUCUCCUAUGCGCCCAACCCGAACUGGUCCAACCUCUAUGCGCCAGGCCACGAGAUCCAGAAAUAUCUGCAGGACGUGGCCGAGAAAUUCGGAGCGACGAGGUUCAUCAAGUUAUCACAUAAAGUGGAGGAAUGUGUCUGGGACGAUGGGCAGAAGAAAUGGCAACUCAAAGUCAUGAAUCUGGUUACCGGAGAGGUGUUUUCCGAUUCGGCAAAUGUGCUGAUUACGGCCCGAGGUCAGCUUAGCGAGCCGCGAUGGCCGGAUAUUCUGGGAAUUGACCAGUUUAAGGGGAAGAAGAUGCAUUCGGGGGCGUGGGAUAAGAGUUAUGACCUCCGCAACAAGAAGAUCGCUGUUGUGGGUAACGGUUCCAGUGCCAUCCAGAUCGUUCCCAAGCUCCAGAAACUCGAAGGAACGACGCUCUCGUGUUUCAUACGAUCACCGACCUGGAUAUCGUCAGCUUUUGGCGAUAACACCAUGAAAGACCUAGGAAUGGAUCCCAAAGUAACAGAGUUCACCGAAGAACAAAAAGCCCUCUUCCGCUCCGACCCUCGCGCCCUCCUCAAAUUCCGCAAAGCUUUUGAAGACUUUGGCACCUCCCUCCACAACUCCACCAUGGCAGGCCACCCGAUGACCAUCGAGGGACAAGCUUUCUUCAAAGCGGACAUGGAAUCCAAGCUGUCGGCUCGUCCCGACCUGCUAGCCAAGAUCAUCCCAGCCUUCGCCCCUGGCUGCCGGCGCCUCACUCCAGGAAGGGGCUACCUUGAAGCCCUCCAACAACCCAACGUGACAACAAUUCACGACCCCAUCUCACACAUUACCUCCUCCGGCAUCGCGCUUGCCACUGCGGAAGAAAAGCAACACAUAAUCGACGCCGACGUGAUCGUCUUCGCCACCGGGUUCCAAGCCUGCACCUCCCCACCCUUCCCCAUCAUCGGCCGGCGCGGACUUACCCUCGCCUCCCGCUGGUCCCAACACCCCGAUAGCUACCUCGGUCUAGCCGUCGACGGGUUCCCCAACUAUCUGAUGCUGUUCGGCCCAAAUACGACCAUCGGGUUCGGCAGCCUGAACCGGAUCCUGGAGGCGCAGGUAGACUACGUCGUCUCGGUAAUCCGCAAAUUACAAAAGGAGGAUUACGCGUCCAUGGAGCCCAAGCCGGAACGAGUGCGGGACUUUGUGGCCUUUGUGGAUGCCUACUUUAAGGAUACGGUGUACCUGGAUAAGUGCAAGAGUUGGUAUCGGUCGGAGGGCGGGACGGGAAACAGGAUCGUGGCGCUGUGGCCCGGGUCGACGCAGCAUGCUGUUGAGACGCUGAGGAGCCCGAGGUGGGAGGACUGGAUGUAUGAGGGUGCUGACAAAAGUGGGAAUGGGCUGAGGUGGUUGGGGAAUGGAUGGAGUUUGACGCAGACGGAGGGCGAUCCGAGUUGGUAUUUGAAUCCGGAGGAAAUCGAGUUUCCGUGGGACGACAAGCCGGAGGAGAACCCGAAGUAUAAGUCGAAGCCAUGGUCGCAUUGAGGGCGGUGGCGGUUAGAGGAAAUUUUUAGCUGAAACUAGUUAGCCAAAAGCAAUCUUCACGUACCUUGGACUGGAAUGAACUCUGGUGAGCCGGGUAUAUCGCAAAGCCGCAAGAUCAACGUUCACUAUGUAAAUCGAGUGGAAUGAUUAGGGUAGUGAUUAAUAUUGUCUGUCUUUUGUAACUGUAAGUGGUCAUCUUCGGCCGCCUUUGCCGAUAGACUAACAUGACGGGUUUCAAGUAAAGGCAUAGUAACGUGAUACACAAACCGCUGCACGAAUUCCUUAAGCGCC